GUUGUUAAAUGGUAUCAUUACAACUGAACACACUGACCGUCGUCUGCAGUAUUUUAAAUGGCAACUUUUGGGUACAGUGUAUUGUACUUACAGUUUAUAUCACUGUAUACAAGAGUGACCAAGAGGUGUAUAGUUAAGCAAGAUGGUGAAGGAAGGGACGGUGACUCUGGCAUCACCUGGAACUCCUGAGGCUUUGCCAAUCUUAAAAGAGUUUCUUAACCAAAGGACUCAUGCACAAACAGGAAAUGAUCCCCCUCCCAGUGAAGAAGAUGUCCACCUUCACAUGCCAGAGUACUUCACUGGCUAUCACAGUCUCAGUGAGAAGAUCCACAGCCGUAUUGAGUCUAAUGACAAAUUUUUUUCACUAGAAUUCUUUCCUCCAAGGACAAAGGGUGGUGCAGUCAACCUCUUGGCCAGAUUUGACCGCAUGCGUGAGGGUGACCCACUUUUCUGUGAUGUCACGUGGCACCCGGCUGGUAACCCAGGUGGAGAAACAGAAACCUCAUCCUUAACAAUAGCAGGUGCUGCUCUGAACUACUCUGGGCUGGAGACAAUGCUGCAUAUGACCUGCUGCAACAUGACCAAGACAGAGAUCUCCAUACAUCUACAGAGAGCCAAGGAUAUUGGUAUCCGUAACAUUCUGGCACUGAGAGGAGAUGCUCCAAGUGGUUCAGAAGAUUGGGUUCCACCUAAGGAUGGGUUCAACUAUGCUACAGACUUGGUGAAAUACAUCAGAAAGGAGUUUGGGAACUAUUUUGUCAUCUGUGUUGCCGGCUACCCCAUGGGUCAUCCUGAGGCCACAUCAUAUGAGGAUGAUCUAAAGUACCUCAAGGAAAAGGUAGAUGCUGGUGCUGACUUCAUCAUCACACAGCUGUUUUUCAAGGCUGAGACUUUCAUAACAUUUGUUAAUGACUGUCGAGCAUUAGGCAUAUUUUGCCCCAUAAUUCCUGGCAUCAUGCCCAUUCAGAGCUAUGACUCUUUGCGGCACAUCGUCAAACUCUCCAAACUAGACGUACCACAAGACGUUAUGGACAUUGUGGCUCCUUUAAAGGACAAUGAUGAAGCCAUCAGAAAUUAUGGAAUUCAUCAGAUAUGUACACUGAUCAGAAAGCUGUUUGAGGCAGAUAUGGCUCCUGGGGUACACUUUUACACUUUAAACAGAGAGGUAUCAACUACAGCCGUUUUGAAGCAGCUGGGGCUAUGGGCUGCUGCACCCAGACGACCACUACCAUGGAAAAUGGCUGCUAAUCACAAGAGGAGUGGAGAGGAUGUGCGACCCAUUUUCUGGGCUUCUCGACCCAAGGCAUAUGUGUACAGAACUCAACACUGGGAUGAGUUCCCUAAUGGAAGAUGGGGUAGCUCUGAGUCACCUGCAUUUGGAGAAUUGAAAGAUUACUACCUCUUUUACCUCAAGAGCAAAAGCUCCAAGGAACAAUUAUUAGCAAUGUGGGGAGAAUCUCUUGAGAGUGAACAAGAUGUAUGGGAUGUGUUCCAUGCCUAUCUUACUGGCUCCUUCAACAAGACUGGUCAGAAAGUUACCAAGGUGCCGUGGAAUGAUGAUGAACUCAGUGCCGAGACUGCGCUGGUCAGAGACAAACUGGCAGAUUUCAACAAACGUGGAGUCCUUUCCAUUAACUCACAGCCUAAUGUUAAUGGAGCCAGCAGUGAAGAUCCAGUGGUAGGGUGGGGUAUGCCAGGCGGCUAUGUGUACCAGAAGGCCUACUUGGAGUUCUUUACUUGUCGUGAGAAUGUUAGCGCCCUCAUGAAUGUUCUGCCACUCUUCCCAAGAAUCAACUAUCAUAUUAUAAACUCUGAUGGAUCUGCCGAUUACAGUAACUGCCACAAGCACCGGCCAAUUGCUGUGACUUGGGGCGCAUUCCCGGGUACUGAGAUUAUACAGCCAACCAUAGUGGACCCGCUCAGCUUUAAAGCAUGGAAGGAUGAAGCAUUUGGCCUUUGGGAAGAACAGUGGGGUAAACUCUACCCUGAAAAUAGUAGAUCACAAGAAAUUAUUAAGCACAUUACCAAUAACUACUACCUCGUGAAUUUAGUGGACAAUGACUACCCAAAGGAAUCCUGCCUCUGGGAUGUGUUGGAGGCCAUGUUCACCUGGAGGAAACUCCAGGAGGAGAGAUCACAAGAGCAGAAAGAAACGGAUGAUUCAUGUGUUGUUUCUCAGUGAACCACCUUAAAGUAAAUAUUUUUUUUUAAACUUACUGUUUUACAUUGACUUUGAUUACCUAAAAAAAAAUAAUAUAAUAAUAAUAAUUUAUAGAUUGUUAUGAGUGUCCUGAAAGCUAGCCGAGUGUAGUUACUAAAGACUAAGCCAGUCUAUGAUUUGGGAAAUACAGUACUGUACUGUACUGUACUGUAGUGUAGGGUACUGCAGUGUAUUGUAGUGUACUGUAGUGUACUGUCGUAAAACAUAGGAUCCUAUUUAGAAUAUUAUAAUGUUACUGUAUAUGUUUUUAGGUGAGAUUUAGAAAAUGCUUUAAUUAGAUUUUUUUGAAAAAGUAGAAUAGAAAAUAGCGUGAUGAAUGUAAAGUAUUUUGGACUGUAUCACAUUGUGUUAACAAUAGUUUUAGUUUUGAGGACUUGAGGGUCUCUACCACUUUGACAAAAUUGUUAUUAUAGGUUUUAUAUUUAAAUGUUAUUUAUUAAAAGCUGAAGCUGUUAACUCAAUCAGAGCCUUUAUUUUAAUAAAAGGUGAACUAA